AACAUCAGUCCAGCAGUCGGUCUAGAACACUUCCCGUUAUCUCCUCCGCAAAAAGGGAUGGAUCCGCCUAACUCCUCCCAUUUCCCCGGCAACCAAUCAGACGUGAGCAGCGUGUUCACACGUCAGGUGCUCCCGUCGCUCUACUUCGUCAUCUGCGCGGUGGGCGUGCCCCUCAACGGCGUGGCCGCCUGGAUCUUCUUCCGGGUGCCCGGCGACUCCGCCCUGGUGGUGUACCUGAAGAACGUGGUGGUGGCCGACCUCCUGAUGCUGGCCACCUUCCCCUUCCGGGUGGCGCUGCAGCUGGGGCUGGGCGGGUGGCGCCUGCGGGCGGUCACGUGCCGCUACACGUCGGUGCUCUUCUACUCGUCCAUGUACGUGGGCAUCCUCUUCAUGGGCCUCAUCAGCCUGGAGCGCUACGUCAAGAUCGUCCGUCACGCCGGCUCGGGCGGGUCCGCGUGGGCCCGGCUCCUGCGGGACGCGGGCGCGGCCCGGAUCCUGGCGCUGCUCGCCUGGAGCCUCCUCAUCGCGUGCGCGCUACCCAACGCCGUGCUGACCAGCCGGCCGGCCGACGAGGAGACGUCCCGCCACUGCGUCAGGCUGAAGAGCCCGCUGGGGGUCCGGUGGCACCGGGGCUCCACCUUCUUCAGCGUGGGCCUGUUCUGGCUCACCCUGCUGGUUCUGGCUUUCUGUUACUCCUCCAUCACGCGCCGCAUCUACCGCUCGUACCGCCGCGUCAACCGCGACGGCAACGACGUGCGCCGCAAGUCCAACCGCAGCAUCUUCUGCAUCCUGGCCGUCUUCUUCGUCUGCUUCGUGCCCUACCACGUCUGCCGCGUGCCCUACACGCUCAGCCAGAUGCCGGCGUCGGGUUUCGGCCGGGCCUCGCGCUUCCUGCUCUUCCAGGCCAAGGAGGCCACGCUCUUCCUGUCCGCCGUCAACGUCUGCCUGGACCCCGUCAUCUACUUCCUCAUGUGCCAGAAGUUCAGAGAGUCUCUGCUCGGCAAGAUCUCGGGAGGGGACGGGACCGCCUCCCUCGCCGCCGCGCCGAGUCUCGGCAACAUUUAG